CAUGGCCGAGGCGGCCGCGGCUCCGGCCAGGCCGGCCCGCGCGCGCGCGGACGCGCGGACUCGGGGCCCCGGGGACGGCCUGCGCGUCCCGGGCGCGGCGGCCCGGCCUGGGCUGUCGGUCCAGCAGCUGGACAUGGACACCCAGCGCUCAUCACCCAUGUCGCUCCCCAGCACCCUGCAGGAAGAGCGCCCCCGCCAGGCCCCUGCCGGACUCCCACGAGAAUCGCUUUUCCCGCCCCGUGCGCCCCCCAAGGACACCCCGCGGCCUCCGUCACCCGCCGCUGCCCGCCACGGCCCCCUCCCGCCGCCGCCGCCCCGCGCCCCCAAGCCGGACUCCUCUGGACGCAUGCCGCAGGCACCCCCGAAGGGGCCCUCCCCGCCGUACCCUGCCGCCUCUGAGCAGGAGACCCCGCCGCCGCGGGCAGAGACCCAGCUUCCGACUCCGGUGGCCUCCGCCGGGCCCGAGAUCUCGCUGCUGUCCCCCGCCGCCCACCAGGAGAGCCCCCUGCACUCGCCCGAGGUCCCCGACAAAGACCCGCUGACCCUGUCCCCGACGGUGCCCGAGAGCGACAUGGACCCCCUGCCCCCGAGCCCCGCUGCCCAGAAGGACCCCGCCUCCAGGGACCCGCCGCUGCCCACGGCCGAGAUCACCCGCCUGGCCGUGUGGGCCGCCGUCCAGGCCGUGGAGCGGAAGCUGGACGCCCAGGCCAUGCGGCUCCUGACCCUGGAGGGCAGGACGGGCACCAACGAGAAGAAGAUCGCCGACUGCGAGAAGUCGGCCGUGGAGUUCGCCAACCACCUGGAGAGCAAGUGGGUGGUGCUGGGCACCUUGCUGCAGGAGUACGGGCUGCUGCAGCGACGCCUGGAGAACAUGGAGAACCUGCUGAAGAACAGAAACUUCUGGAUCCUGCGGCUGCCGCCCGGCAGCAACGGAGAAGUCCCCAAGGUCCCGGUCACCUUCGACGACGUGGCCGUGCACUUCUCCGAGCAGGAGUGGGGGAACCUCUCCGAGUGGCAGAAGGAGCUGUACAAGAACGUCAUGCGGGGCAACUACGAGUCCCUGGUGUCCAUGGACUACGCGAUUUCCAAGCCAGACCUCAUGUCCCAGAUGGAGCGCGGGGAGCGGCCGACCAUGCCGGAGCAGGAGGACUCCGAGGAAGGGGAGCCGCCUGCGGACCCCAGUGCUGCACACGAUGGCAUCGUCAUCAAGAUCGAGGUACAGACCAACGAUGAGGGCUCCGAGAGCCUGGAGGCGCCCGAGCCCCUGAUGGGGCACGUGGAGGGGCACAGCUUCCCCGACUCGGAGCCGGGGGACCCCUGCGGGGAGCGGCCGGACCUCGACCUGCAGGAGCCCGACCAGACCCUGGAGGAGUCCCCGGGUGCCUCGAGCGAGUUCAGCGAGCUCAAGCAGAUGCUGGCACAGCAGAGGCCCUGCGCAGAAGGCAUCGUGAUCAAGACCGAGGAGCAGGAGGAGGAGGAGGAAGAGGAGGAGGAGGACGAGGAGGAGGAGGAGGACGAGGAGGAGGAGGAGGACGAGGAGGAGCUGCCGCGGCACCUGCAGGGCCUGGGGCCGCUGGCCGGGAGGUACGAGGCGGGCCUGUACCCGCCGCCGCUGCCCGGGGAGCUGUCCCCCGACGAGGAGCGCGAGGAGAGCCCCCCGCCGCCGCUGCCGCUGGGGCCCCCGGGCGGGAAGCGGCUGGCGCCCGGGGGCGGCGGCGGGGGCGGCGGCAGCGGCGGCGGCGCGCACGGGGAGCGGCACGGCCACGCGGAGGCGCGCGGCAGCGGCGGGGGCGCGCAUCAUCAGCACCAGCAGCAGCAGCGCAACCGGCGCGGCGAGCGGCCCUUCACCUGCCUGGAGUGCGGCAAGAGCUUCCGCCUCAAGAUCAACCUGGUCAUCCACCAGCGCAACCACAUCAAGGAGGGCCCCUACGAGUGCGCCGAGUGCCACCUGAGCUUCCGCCACAAGCAGCAGCUCACGCUGCACCAGCGCGCGCACCGCGGCCGCGGCGGCUACGCGUCCCCCGAGCGCGGCGCCGCCUUCGCGCCCAAGCACGCGCUCAAGCCGCGGCCCAAGUCGCCGGGCGCGGGCAGCGGGGGCGGCGGCGGGGGCCCCAAGCCCUACAAGUGCCCCGAGUGCGACAGCAGCUUCAGCCACAAGUCGAGCCUGACCAAGCACCAGAUCACGCACACGGGCGAGCGGCCCUACACGUGCCCCGAGUGCAAGAAGAGCUUCCGCCUGCACAUCAGCCUGGUCAUCCACCAGCGCGUGCACGCGGGCAAGCACGAGGUGUCGUUCAUCUGCAGCCUGUGCGGCAAGAGCUUCAGCCGCCCGUCACACCUGCUGCGCCACCAGCGGACUCACACGGGCGAGCGGCCCUUCAAGUGCCCCGAGUGCGAGAAGAGCUUCAGCGAGAAGUCCAAGCUCACCAACCACUGCCGCGUGCACUCGCGCGAGCGGCCGCACGCCUGCCCCGAGUGCGGCAAGAGCUUCAUCCGCAAGCACCACCUGCUCGAGCACCGGCGCAUCCACACGGGCGAGCGGCCCUACCACUGCGCCGAGUGCGGCAAGCGCUUCACGCAGAAGCAUCACCUGCUGGAGCACCAGCGCGCGCACACGGGCGAGCGGCCCUACCCCUGCACGCACUGCGCCAAGUGCUUCCGCUACAAGCAGUCGCUCAAGUACCACCUGCGGACCCACACGGGCGAGUGACCCCGCGCCCGCCCCCGCCCCUCCUCCCCGGGACUCAGCGGCGGGCGCGCGG